AUGGGGGGAGCCCCAGUGGUGCCAAUGGCCCUGGUGGUCCUCGUUGGGAGCGGAAGGAUUGGGGGGUACCCGGGGAUUCCGGUGGAAUUGGGGGUUACCCGGGGGUACUCCGGGGGUCCCAGUGGGACUGGGGGGUACCCAGGGGUACCCGGGGGUCCCGGUGGGAUUGGGGAGUACUCGGGGGGUCCGGUGGGAGGGCGCGGGACGCGCCGGCAGCGCCGGGCGGUGCCCGGGGGCGCGAUCGCUGCGCACGGGCGCCCCCUGCUGGCAGCGCCCCCCCCCCCCCCCCCCCCCCCCCCCCCCCCCCCCCCCCCCCCCCCCCCCCCCCCCCCCCCCCCCCCCCCCCCCCCCCCCCCCCCCCCCCCCCCCCCCCCCCCCCCCCCCCCCCCCCCCCCCCCCCCCCCCCCCCCCCCCCCCCCCCCCCCCCCCCCCCCCCCCCCCCCCCCCCCCCCCCCCCCCCCCCCCCCCCCCCCCCCCCCCCCCCCCCCCCCCCCCCCCCCCCCCCCCCCCCCCCCCCCCCCCCCCCCCCCCCCCCCCCCCCCCCCCCCCCCCCCCCCCCCCCCCCCCCCCCCCCCCCCCCCCCCCCCCCCCCCCCCCCCCCCCCCCCCCCCCCCCCCCCCCCCCCCCCCCCCCCCCCCCCCCCCCCCCCCCCCCCCCCCCCCCCCCCCCCCCCCCCCCCCCCCCCCCCCCCCCCCCCCCCCCCCCCCCCCCCCCCCCCCCCCCCCCCCCCCCCCC